UUCACCUACCUGCGUUGGGAGCCCAUUGUACUUGCCUUAUGGGUUUGGAGCUCUUGCCUCGGCCAAGUGAAUAAACUCGCGACGGCAAUGUCGACCUACUUGGAUCAAAUUCUCUGCUCUCACGCAUCCAUACAAGACCCAGUCUUUGCACUCGAUUUCUUUUCACUCACUCCCACUCUCUCUCCCUUUCACCACCCCCCAACACUCUCACACGACUUCCACACUCCCACACUCCUACACUCCCACACUCACUCACUCACUCACUCACUCACUCCCACAACGUAACACUCGCCAGUCUACAAUUCUCUGCAGAAGGCCGACAACCAAGGAUUUCAGGACCAAUAUCGACAAUUGCGACUCUAAGCUGGGUAUCGACAAUGCAGGCACGCACCCCUAGUCGCUCUAGUACCGCGACCGCCAGCAAUGAGGACGUGGGACAACCUACUCCGCGACCUCGUGGCCGUCCCAAAAAGGUCAUAGCUGUGGGUGAAAACCACACUGCAGCUACCUUUACACCCAGUGUAACACCUCGCGGCCGUGGCAGGCCCAAAAAGAAAUCCGACCCUGUUGAUCUUGAGGAAGAAGCUCCUGAGUCUGAACAAGAACUUGCCGAACCCCAGGAACCUGUUCCCACGCCUCGUUCCUGUGGCCGCCCGAAGAAGAAGGUACACCAUUGGUCCAAGCAAGCCCGAGAAGUUGCCAAAUUGCAGCAAGAGGCUCAGCUUGACAACGACGAUGAGCCCGAGGAAACCACGCCGUUCAAGCAACCCGCAACAGCUCCCCGGCCACGUGGUCGGCCCAAGAAGCCAGUGCCAGAGGCUUCUCCUGAGGAAGUUGCGAGUGGCAAGUCCCAGAAGGUCCCAGUCACGGCAGCCACGAUAACUACGGCCAAAGAUGAAUUGCGCGCCGAGCUUCUUGGUAUCUCCACUGGAUUCCCUGAUGGAAAGCCAUAUAGCAUCACUAGUCGCGGUCGCGGCCGUCCCAAGAAGACCCAGACCGUGGAGACAGAAGAGGUUGACUCGAACGAGCAGUUGUUUGACGAAGUCGAGCAUAUGCCUAUCAAGCGUGGCCGAGGGCGUCCCAGAAAACCCGACACCCCCGUCAAGAGUGCCCAGGGCACAGUCAGCCGUUUGCAACCUUCCAAACACUCUGAGGCUGACACUAGCUCUACCCUUACGGCUAUUGCUACUGAAGGUGUCAAGAAAAGGGGCCGUGGGCGCCCCAAGAAGAAUAGUUUUGGGUUUCUGGGGGCUGUUGAGGUGGCCACGAACACUCAGGCUAAGGGAAGUGAAGCCGGUGAUGAUGCCAUCGACAGUCAAAAGAUUACUAAAGAGGAUGCCAAAAUUCCUUUGGCUAAAUUCAUUGAGCAAGAUGAGAAUGAUUUGGACCAAGACGAGGAUUACCAACCCUCCCCUUCUCCGUACCACUCUUCAUCGCCCUCUCCAUCCCGCGCUCCGCCCCAGCUACCUUCAAUGCAUACCGUUUUCAGGAAAAGAGGUAUCAGGCAAGUCAACGGGGCCGUCGAGAAAAACCCCAAAAAGCGGCUUGUGCACUUUACCGUUGCCAGAAAGACUGCUGCCAGGCGCUCGGCUUCAUCACCCAACACGCGGUCCCCGGCUUCGUCAGCUAACGAGCGGUCCCUGGCUUCAUCACCCAAAGGGCUUGUGCCUAGUUCCCCUUUACGACAACCACCAGUAAUCCACUCCUCUCUUCUCUGAUAGGCAAGUACAGUGUCAACUACGUUGUCGUGGGGGUUAAGCUUCACCCAGGCAGCCUGACCAUCGAGCUUGCCACCGACGGCGGGGAAGACAUGCUCGCUGGCUCUCUUGAGCUGAACCGGUGGAGCGGUGUGAUGAGAUUUGCCCUGACGGAGAAGAAGAUCCGGCAGUACAUCCUUAAGCAGGAGCGGAUUGAGCGGGAGAGUUUUGUUCUCUCUGAUAUCAUGCACCUGGAGGAUGGCGAAGAUGACGAGAAUAAGAUUUCUCUUUCCAGGGGCAAGGAGGGUGCCAGUACUGGUGACGAUGACGACGACGACGACGACGAGGCUGCACUCACUCACAAGCGCAAGGCGUCCUCUGUGGAUGCCGCUUCCAAGCAUCGCAAGGUUUCAUCGCAGUCGAGUUCCUCUGCUGAGGUUCACACUCUUUAUUUUGCCUGUCGGAUCAAGAAUAUUUUCUCCAAUGUGGUGGAACACAGGGCCCAGGUGGGAGCUGUUCAGUUUUAUACGACGAAGGCUGGGGUGAUGGCGUUUGGGGAUGCGAUGAUUUGUGUCCCUGGUGGUGAGCCGUGUGAGCUUAGUGGGGAGACGAGGAAGGAUAAGGGGCCCGAGUGACCUUCUCAGGAUUGGUUGGGGGGGAUUUUGCUGAGCCGCGCUCGGAGUGAGUGGUAGGGCUGGAGGGGUGGUCUACGAGGAUAUCGCGAUGUUUUUUUUAGCUUUUUGCCUUGAGGGGGGGCAUAAUUCGGCAAUGAAGAUGGGUGAGGUAUCAUGGCAUCUUUUUCAGCGUUGGGUUUGGUUCGACUGGUUCUCCGGUUUCUCAUCGAGAAGAGGGACCUAUUUGCUUCGGACCGGGAGUUGUGCUGAAGAGGCGGUACUGAGGCAAAUUACUAGCAGCCAUCGACUUUGCGUUUGGAAAAUGGUCUUCAAGGUGAAUCUUUGCUUUCUAAUAUUAGGUUUGGGACAAGGACAUGUGUUUGAGAUACAGGGUCAUAACUGAGGAUGACACUGGGGGUUCGGAGAAGAGCGA